UAAUGCAAUUCGCACUAAAGUUCAUUAGACUUUAUCGUCGCAAACUCGAAAUUGAAAACGGUAUGAACAACGAAGCCAUGCAAUGAUCGACGCCGGCAUAAAAAUAGCGAAGCGUCUUUUUCACACGCCGUUCGAAACGAAAAUAUCGUGCCUUAGAACAUUGAACAGCUGUUGUUGAUUGUCCCACGAGAUUUGUGUUUAAAGAGAAUAGAAUGGCGUGUGUCAGCUGCUCCGUAAACACAAAUAAAUACAAAUGCAGCAAAUGCUUGGCACCCUACUGUUCCGUCGAAUGUUACAAAAAGCAUAAACAGUUGCCAGAAUGUGGCGACAUCGCAGCAGCAACAGCAAAAGCAGCGACAGCGGCGCAGCAAAUGGAAACGGAACCCACCAUUUAUGCACCAUUCAGCACAGAAGACACUGUGCCGCUUUCCCGAUUGCAGCAGCUGAAUAACUGUGAACCGUUGCGUCAACUGCUUUAUAAUCCCCAUUUACGUGCUCUGCUCCAGCAAAUUGACGUCGCUCACAAUGCAAAUCUGACAAUGAUGGCCGCCAUGCAAGAACCGUUAUUUGUUGAAUUUGCCAAUGCAUGCUUGCAGGUUGUGGAACCAAUGACAGAUGCCGAACGUGCUGAGUUGAAUUUGUGCAGCUGACACUUUGCAGUUAAUAAUUGUGACUGGAAAUCGACCCAAAACGAAGCUAUUCAAAAUUAAACGUUAUUUUCCAAGUUCUAAGUUUUAAGACUCAUAUUACAUAUGCUAAGCGUAGCCAAAUAAAAUAGAAGUAAACAUUCUUUACAAAUUA